AUGGAGAAGUCUUUGGGAAGUGACUUAUCCAUGCAACUACAGAAUUUUGAAGGUGAACUCACUCAACUUCAUUUACGACACGCGUAUAACCGCGCGGAGAUCAAAGGUGAACGACGUGCUGUGCAGGCUCUAGAAGAAGAGUACGCCUCCCUUAUUGACCAAGAAGUGGAGCUGAAACGUGACUGCGAAGUGUUCGAGAUGCAGCUGGAAACACAGCAAGCUCAACUUCGAGAAAUCCGCAGUCAGCAGCUAUACUUGGACUUCGUGUCGAACGCUCCUUUAAAGCGACAUUUAGAGGAGAAAAAGUGGCAGGAACAACAUGCGUCCGUGGCGUUACAAGUUCAGAACGCCGAAGUCGAGAACCGAGAGCUGGAAAAUGAGAUCCGAAAACUGGAAGACGAGACUUGUAGUCUGGAAGCUCAAUACGCACGCGAGAUCCAGACAAAGCAGCAGACGGAGACCUCAUUAUGUGAACUCCAAGCGAACUACGAGCAAUUCCACGACGCUUUUGAACGAACGAGGACAUGUUACACACCCAGACCUGACUGGGAUCGUAUCGUGGACGAAACACCGGAGUUGUCUGUGCAAAAAUAUCAGUUUGGGAUGGUAGAAAACGCUAACAAAGCUGGAGUACUGGAGCGACGUACCAAGACAUUGGUGAAGGAAAUGCUGCACUGGAUUGAGCGUCUUCAAAAACACUCUCGAGUUGAGUUGAAUAUUUUACACAAUCAACUUGAUCGUGCAGUUCGGAAGAAUUCAAUGCUUCCGAAUAUAUUUCCGAACGACUCAGGUGUCAUUACCAUUGCAGCUACAUCACCACGUUCUGGGUCCCCCUCGAAGAGGAGAACCGAGUAUAUUAUGGCUCUGGGUACGCAUGAAGCAGUGCCUUUGUUCCUACGUCAUCGUGGUAAACUGAAGAGGAGAGUAUUAAAGAAAAUCGACGCGGAAAAAGUGGUACGGAAGGUGUGGGUCGAAAAGCGGAAGCGUGAACAGCGAAACCCUCUGGGACGCUACUCACUGGAGAAAGUUUUGUACGAGAAGCUGCAUCGCAAGUAUGGGUUCCAACCGUUGAUCGCAGAGUGGGGCUAUAACUUGUUACUGGCACUGCAGUUGUUUAGCUGGGACUCGGAGAUCGAGAUGUUCCUAUUGUGCUUGACUGGAGCCGUCUCGGACCUCGUGUAUGUGGACCAAGAGCAGAUGAUUCAAGGCUGUCAGCAACUGCUACUCCGACUGUGCGAACUCUACUGUGUCGAAAGCUUCGUGACGGAGAGACGUGUCUUGCUGAAAGAUGCUCUGGUGGCAGUGAGGACGUAUUUUCCUUUGAAGACGGCAGCGCAGUUGCAAGCUAUCGAGCAGUCCAUCAUCCGGGAUAUGCACAAGAUGAAGCGUGGAGGCAAUGACUCUUUCUUGUAUAUCGAUGACAUUCUUCCGUUAGGUGUCAAAUACCCACUAGGGUUUUUUGUAAAAACCAUCCGUACACAGCAUUUUAAGGAGAUUCAGGACUAUUACGCUUUGCUUCUAAGCGAGUUGGAACAGAGGGAUACUGAACAGCGAGGCAUUUUACCGAUUUCUGCUGUCCGAGAUGCUAUUCUGGCGAUUGAUCCACUGGCAGACUCCGGUGCAAAAAUGAACGCGACGUGUUUGAUGAAAUUCGCAUUAAACUUCGAUCGGAACGCUGAGGUCAAUUGGCGUCGUCGAGCAGGUGUUGUGUAUACCGAUAGUUCUACUACCAACACUGAAAUUUAG